CUGCCAGGGUCCCUCAGGACAGACCCUAUGGUCUAAGGAUCUCCUCCAUGUAGAUUCUCUAGCUCCCCAGAGUUACCUUUCCUCUGGAACUCUCCUAGGCCACGCCCCCUGUGGCAACACCUGAGUUUGGGCAGAAAGGAGGGUGCUGCACAGCCCGCCCCUUCUGAGCUGUCUGGGCCGGCUCCUCAUUCCAGAACAAUUCAGGCUUCACAGCAACUCAGACCUCAGCUCCCACAUCUGUGUUCUGAAGCAACGAUGGCCGAGAUGGACAGAAUGCUUCAUUCUGGAAGGAAACAGUGUUCCAGGUCAAGCUGAGUCUGCCAAACACAGACCCUCCUGAUGGUUCUAGAAGAAAUCUCAACAAAUCAUGUGGUUUUUCUACGCCUCGAUUCCGUGUUUGCUCAUAGAUGGAGCAGCUGUUCUGCCUGCCCCUCAGAACCUCUCUGUGCAAUCAACCAACAUGAAGCAUCUCUUGACGUGGAGCCCAGUGAUCGUGCCUGGAGAAGUAAUAGACUAUUCUGUCGAGUACCAGGGAGAGUAUGAGAGCCUGUACAUGAGCCACAUCUGGAUCCCCAGCAGCUGGUGCUCACCCACGGAAGAUCCUGAGUGUGACAUCACUGAUGACAUCACUGCCACUGUGCCGUACAACCUCCGUGUCAGGGCCACUCUGGGCUCACAGACUUCAGCCUGGAGCGCCCUGAAGCACCCCUUUAAUCGAAACUCAACUAUCCUCACCCCACCUAGGAUGGAAGUCACCAAGAAUGGCUUCCACCUGGUUAUUGAGCUGGAAGACCUGGGGCCCCAGUUUGAGUUCCUUGUGGCCUACUGGAGGAGGGAGCCUGGUGCCAAGGAGCACGUCAAAACGGUGAGGAGCGGGGGCAUUCCAGUGCACCUGGAAACCACGGAGCCGGGGGCUGCCUACUGUGUGAAGGCCCGGACGUUCGUGAAGGCCAUUGGGAGGCACAGCGCCUUCAGCCAGGUGGAAUGUGUCAAGGUGCAGGGAGAGACACUCUCCCUGGCGCUGGCCCUGUUUGCAUUUGCUGGCUUCCUGCUGAUCCUUGUGGUUGUGCUGUUCACCAUCUGGAAGAUGGGUCAGCUGCUCCGGUACUCCUGUUGCCCCGUGGUGGUGCUCCCCGACACCUUGAAAAUAACCAAUUCACCCCAGAAGUUAGUCAGCUGCAGAAGAGAAGAGGUGGAAGCCUGUGCCAUGGCUGUGCUGUCUUCUGAGGAGCUUUUCAGGGCCUGGAGCUAGCAGGCUGGGGAAGGGCCCAGUGAAGCUGAGAAAACUGGUCUGCGUGACACAGAGCCAUGAGGGGAAAGGCUGUGGAUCUGUUCUCCUCCAUGAACAAAGGACAAGAGAAGUAGGAAGAGCCUGUCGUGUCUAGAAGGUCUAGAAGCCACUGUCAGGCAGACAGAGCACUGAGUGGGGGUUAGGAGAUGUGACCUCUAGAACUGGA